UUGAAAGGAACCUCCCUGGUUGGGCCGUGUACGACCCAGAGUAAAGAUAGCCAGGGAGUUAAGCCAGGAAAAGGCAGGUCAAACCUUCCCCCAGUUUCCUUCCAUGCAAUGGAAUUUGUGGAGUUUAUUAAAACUCCUAAAGUUGACAAUGUCACACUGCGGAGAGCUUUCCAUAAAUCUGUGGAUGGAACAUUAUGCAUCACUGGACACCACUUGAUUCUGUCAUCUAGAAAGGAUAACAAUGAGGAAUUAUGGUUGUUGCACACAAGAGUAGACACAGUUGAGAAGAAACUCUCUGGCAAUGUGGGAUCCAUCAUAUUGAAAUGUAAAGACUUCCAGAUUAUCAAACUAGACAUUCCAAGUGUUGAAGAAUGCCUCAACAUCGCAACUUCAAUUGAAAAGCUCUCUAAUAUAAAUAAUAUCACACUUCAAUAUCCUUUCUUCUAUCGACCUUUAUUUGAUGUACUGGAGGACGGUUGGUCAGCUUUCUUACCUGAGUCUGAAUUUUCACGUCUUUUAGGACACUGCGAAUACUUCAGACUUUCUCAUAUAAAUAAGAAUUUUGAGGUCUGUCCAUCAUAUCCUCAGGCUGUGGUUGUCCCCAAAGCCAUAGAUGACGAGAGUCUCAUUAAAAUAGCACAAUUCAGACAGCACGGGAGAUUUCCUGUUCUCAGUUACUAUCACAAUGAAAAUAAGAUGGUGAUGAUGAGGAGCAGCCAGCCAAUGCCAGGGCCCAACUGGAAGAGGUGCAAGGAGGAUGAGAAACUUGUGAAUGCAGUGUUAGGGAUGGGGAAACGGGGAUACAUCAUCGACACAAGAUCUCUUGCUACAGCAAAAGUAGCACAAAAUAAAGGGGGAGGUUAUGAGUCCGAGGCCCAUUACUCACAAUGGAGGAGGAUACAUCAACCCGUAGAGCGGCAUACAGUGCUGCAUGAGUCUCUCAUCAAACUCUUGGAGGCAUGUUCUGAUAAAGCAGCAGGAGUUGAAAAAUGGCUUUCUAAACUGGAAUCAAGCAACUGGCUGAGCCAUGUCAAAGAUGUCAUAACCUGUGCAUGUGUUGUCGCUCAGUGUGUGGACAAAGAUAGUGCAUCUGUUUUGGUCCAUGGGUCUGACGGAACGGACUCAACUCUCCAAGUAUGCUCCUUAGCACAAAUAGUGUUAGACGCAGACUGUAGAACAGUCAGGGGGUUUGAAGCUUUAGUGGAAAGAGAAUGGUUACAAGCAGGUCAUCCAUUUGCUGAUAGGUGUGCUAAAUCUGCAUUUGCUAUCUCCAAACAUAGACAGGAGGCACCUGUAUUUUUACUAUUCCUUGACUGUGUAUGGCAGAUUUGGCAACAAUUCCCGUGUUCUUUUGAAUUUAAUGAAGAUUUCCUGGUGCUUUUAUUCCAACAUGCUUAUUCAUCUCAAUUUGGGACAUUCCUGUGCAAUAAUGACUUAGAAAGACGCAAUCUUAAACUUGCCAGCACGACAGUUUCACUUUGGUCCUAUAUAAACAAACCUGAGAUUUUAGAGCGUUAUCUAAAUCCGCUAUAUGAACCCAACCCAUCAGUGAUAUGGCCAUCAGUUGCUCCCCAAAGCUUGCUACUCUGGAGCAGCUUAUUCCAGAGAGACCAACUUGAUCAGAGCCCUAAGAAAGAAGCCUGGGAAGAAAUUGUUAGAAUCAAAGAAACAGACAAGGAAUUAAGAUGUAAAGUAGUUCGAUUAAGAAGGCAACUUGCAGCACUAGAAAAAGAAGCAAUUCAAAGGAACUUGAUCAAACCAGUGGCAUUUGAUCCUCUUAAUGUCCAAGCAGUCAAUGCAAACCCAGAAUAAAGUAAUAUUAGGUCAAUUAGAGUGU